GGGUGGGCUCGAGGGGGCGGUGGAGGACUGUCAGCGAUGAUUUGGGAACAUGAAGUCACGUAUUAAUGAAGUGAAGUAAUGAUUCAUACCGCAGGUUGAAAGAGUGCGUUAGAAAAAUAGCGUCAGUUUAACAGGACAGCUCGAGAGGUGACCUUUGGUUUGUGUGUCCGUGUGUGUGUGUGUGUCCGUGUAUGUGUGUAUGUGUGUGUGUGUGUGUGUGUUUGACAGAGACCCGGGGAGGAGCAGAGACAGACACGUUAGCUAGUUUAGCUUAGUAACGGUAGCCAUCAGGAAGAGGUGUCACCGCCGCCUGCCGCACCAACAAGGGGACAAGGAGAGCCCGUCUGUGGUCAUGGCCGCCCUCGGUAACUCCGGGGCCACUUCCAGUCCCAUGGUGGUCCUGGCUCCGAAGACUAAAACGAAGAAGAAGCAUUUCGUGCAGCAGAAGGUCAAAGUGUUUCGAGCCAGCGACCCCGUCCUCAGCGUCUUUAUGUGGGGCGUCAAUCACUCGAUCAAUGAUCUCAACCAGGUGCCUGUUCCUGUGAUGCUGCUGCCCGAUGACUUUAAAGCCAACACUAAGAUCAAAGUCAACAACCAUCUCUUCAACAAAGAAAAUCUUCCAGGACAUUUCAAGUUCAAAGAAUACUGUCCUCAAGUCUUCCGUAAUCUAAGGGAACGAUUUGGUAUUGAGGAUCUGGACUAUCAGGUUUCGUUGACCCGCAGCCCCCCGAUGAGGAGUGCUGAUGACCAGGGAGAUUGUCUGCUCCUCAACUCCUACGACCGAACACUGGUCAUCAAGCAAAUCUCCAGUGAGGAUGUUGCAGACAUGCACAGCAUCCUGUCUGAGUACCACCAGCACAUAGUCAAGUGUCACGGCAGCACCCUGCUGCCACAGUUCCUGGGCAUGUACCGGGUGAGCGUGGACAGUGAGGAGACCUACCUGAUCGUCAUGAGGAACAUGUUUAGCCACAGACUGGUGGUACACAGGAAGUACGACCUGAAGGGCUCUCUGGUGUCUCGUGAAGCAAGUGACAAAGAAAGGGUAAAAGAGCUUCCUACCUUCAAGGACAUGGACUUCAGGAACAACAUGCAGAAGGUGUAUGUGACCGAUGAGCAGAAGGAGAAGUUCAUGGAGAAACUCAACAGAGAUGUGGAGUUUCUGGUGAAACUGAAGAUCAUGGACUACAGCCUGUUGCUCGGUAUCCACGACGUCGGUCGAGCUGAACGGGAUGAGGAGGAGGGUGAGGAGGUGUCCAACGAGGAAGAACUGGAGGCGGAGAACGGCCUGGCACCGGGCGCUACGGUGGGCUCCUAUGGCAACUCUCCGGAGGGAAUCGCUGGUUACAUGUCUUCCUGCAAGCCUCUGGGGCCCGGGGAGUACGACCCUUACGUGGAUGUGUACGCAGUCGGGAGCUGCCCAGGAGCCCCUCAGAGGGAGGUCUAUUUCAUGGGCCUGAUUGACGUACUCACUCAGUACGACACCAAGAAGAAAGCCGCUCAUGCAGCAAAAACUGUCAAACACGGGGCCGGUGCUGAAAUCUCCACAGUCCACCCCGAGCAGUACGCCAAACGAUUCCGCGACUUCAUCUUUAACAUCUUUGCGUAACACUUGGCAACGAGCGCCGCCAUAAGUCGAUCCAACUGAGAGCUAAACGUCUAUUUUACCAUUGACCAAAAAUAGUAUGCACACACAAAUCGCUAUUUAAAGACGGUGAUCUGAGGCGAGACUACUUAACAUUGUAGCAACAUGAUGUACUACUUCUGAUGCAUAUAUUUAUUUUUAAGAUUUAAGAUGCGUUUCUUAUAGAUAUUAAGCACUCUUUAAUGGAAUAACUCUGGAGCAUUAGGGUACAUGGAAACAAACUGCUGUUGAUCAGUGUUAGACCACAUCAGUGCGAGAUCAAAUAUCAUUUUCUUUUUUUGUUUUUUGUUGUCAGUCACUUUGCUCUGGUUUCCCAGGCAUGAACUAAACUUACCGAAGGAGUUUGACACGUUUGAAAAGUGCGCUUAUUUGCUUUCUUGCCAAAAGUUAGAUGGGAAGAUUCAUAUCAAUACCGUGUGUGUCUGUUAAAGGUUUCCUGUGGAGUUUUUGACCUGUAGUAGUGUUUAGAGUCAUAUCCAUGUCCCCAUUUUGUGUCUCGUACGUGAGGACGCAUAUGCACAUAGUCUCGCUAAUGGUGUCACACUGCUCCACUGAUCUACAGUGGUCAUUAAUACACUAAGAUAUGCAGCAAUGAGGCAGCAAAGGAAGUGAAAAAUAAGACUGUUAGCAAGUGAACGAUGCAGUGAACUUACUAACAUGCUACUUAGUGGGCUGAAACAGGAAGUGAGAUUUUUUUGUACAUAUGAAACCAGUAUUUUGUGAAAAGCAUCCUAUUUUCGGUAAAACGUUACAGUAUGCAAACGCUACGCUACACUGGCACACAUGUCACACAAUGCAGUAGGGUAGUGACGACAAUGUUUAUGACAACGGACAGCAGCGGAGGCAGCUCUGUAACGUCAGUAAGUAAUAAAUACCUCUCUGGAGGUGAAUAACGGUGGUUAUAGCCUGAUGUGCAAUUAAGUGCUGCAGGGAUGACGUUUUUCUGGAAGUUGGCGUCGCUCUGGUUCCCUCAUCAAAAGGCCUGUGGGAUUUUUAUAUUGGAUUUUUGAAUAUUGCAGAAAAUAAACUUUGCGUCAAACAAAAGUUUAUGAUAAAAACUAACAUCAUAUAAGACUACCCAGGUGACUGCUUCCGUAUUGUGCAGCUCAUAGAGAAGGCGUGUUAGAGACUUCUGCCGACCGAUCUGGGUACAUCAGUUUUAGGGCUCCAUUUACUUGAAUGGGACUAAAUUAUUUAAUCGUGCAGCUCUUCUAGACUUUCCAAAUGCUAUGGGACCAAAUCCUGCCAGUGAAACGUCAUUUUCCUGGGGGUUGUGAUGCUCAAACAAAUGUAUCCGCUGAUUUACAGAUGUCUCUUUUGCCAUUUAAGUCAAUGGAAUAAAAUAUUUUUGGGCCGCAGGGCAUCGUGUGAGUGACCCAGAAGUUCCGCUGUUUCGCCAUUACGAAAACUGGCUUCAAAUCACGGUGCACCUCCUGGAGGCCUGGCAGGAACUAGGUAAUUGCAGCUCAGUACAUCCUGUUUAUGUCAGGCCCCCCUUGCUACCAAUUUUUUCCAGUGACCACUCGUCGUAUUGCAGUGAAAAGAAUCCCCUGUGGCCCAAAAAGCAUUUUCCCCAUAGAGCGCCAUUAUAAAAGAGGUGUCUGUAAAAAUGUUGACAGGACACCUCAAACUGCAAACAAGGUCAAUUAUGAAUCUUUCUAUUCUGACUUUUGUGUCCAUAGAGGUUUUAUGUUUGUAGAACUUUCCUCAAGCUGAGCAAAGCGAUUCAAAAAUCUGUCAUCACAUUGUAAAGUCUUUGAGUCAAAUAGGAACUCAUGGGUGGGGCCAGCGGGAGAAACACUACUCCGCAUAUUCAGUGGGCCGCAUACUGUGGAAUUAAACCUGGAAGCUGGAAAACAUUUUUUUGGCCUAUGCACCAGGCGAGCAACUCCACUGGAAUGAAUAUGCACCAUCUUUGAAUCCGAUAUUUAUGCAUUACUAUAAAGCUAUGGUUAAUUUAAACAAUAGUUUGUUGAACGAUGGUACACAUGUUGGAUAUGUAGUGCAUAGUAUGUGAUUUUGUAGUGUAGAAGACUCCACAGGAUCCCCUUUAUAAAGUGAAGCUAUAGGAGGACCAGGAGAUGCUAUGCUAAGCUAGUUUAGCCUAGCAUAAAUACUGAAAACGGGGGAAACAGCUGGCCUAGCUCUGUCAAAGGGUAACAAAAUCCUCCUGCCAGCCUCUAAAGACGACAGUUUGCAGUUUAUAUGAUGUUAUGUGCAUGACUUGUACUUUUUACAUCUUGGUUUUUGUACAGAUUAAUCAAAUAAGAUAUAAGAUGCUAAUUAGUGAGCUUUAGAGGAGCUAUUUGGCAGAGUUUUUAUCUUUAAACAGAGCCAGGCCAGCUGCUUCGUUGUUUCCAGUCUUUAUGCUAGGCUAAGAUAACCAAUGUUUCUGUCCACUCAUCUGACUCUUGUUGAGAAAGCAAAUAAACGUAGUUCCUAAAAUGUGAAACUUUUCCUUAAAUCCUAGAAUAAUCUUUAAUGGAGAUGGGUAUUAAAAAAUGGUAAUAAUGGUAGUCUAGACUUUGCAUAUUAUUAUUGAUCUAUUGAAGCAGGCCAUUUGAAUUUUUAGUGUGCCAAAUGUGUGGGAUCAAAGCUUUAUCCGAGCAGGAUUUGCACUUUGCAAACGGUAAAAUCAGCUCUGUUGUGACCAAGCGGUUCAACGAAACACAAUUCGAAUGAAUCUCCACCAAAGUCUUUGCUAAAUUUAAAAGUUAAUGUACAGAACAGCCUUGUCAAGGGUUGGAUAUUAGCGUCAUCCACCUGACUAAUACUGGUAAAAUAUGCAAGUGGCUGCAAGAUGUGCAUCACUCACCAGCCAAAAUAAUUUAUUGAGUGGCCGGCAGAGUUUGGAAUCCACCGGCCACAGUGGCAGGUGGACAAUGAAGUUAAUUUCCAAACCUGUGGUAGAUGUGUGGUGUUAAAUAGAAAGCAUAUCAAAUCACUUGGCCUGUAAACAUGUUGGGCGGCCCUGCAUCUCUCAGCUACCACAGCCUGUAAGGAAGAUGUGGGGUGACUGACCUCGGAGCAUUUACCCACAAAGCUGGGCCCAUGUUAAUGAAGUGACUCGUCCAAAUGUUCGGAUCAGUCCUGCCUUUUUACUGACAUACCUUCAUGUGUCGAUGUGUGAUUUGACACUUUCUGAAAAUGAGCCCUUCCAUCAUUACUCUGGCGAGACUCCUUUUUGAACAUGGUGUAGUGUUUGUGCAUUAAAAAGACAACUGUGCGCUCUGUGAAUCAUUGUGGUAGGAUAAGACUUAGAUAUAACAAUAGAACUAUCGUCUGUGUAUCGUGAUGACAUUUGAGAUUUAGUGAUAACCAGAGUACUGUGGUAAACGUCGACAAUAACACUACAUUUCAGUAGCUUCUGCAGUUAGCCUUAACACAGUGACAUGAUACAGCAUUCCUAAACACUGGCAAGGCAGCGUAGAUACAGUUCACUCUGUAUGAUGCCUCAUCUCCUCGAUGAUUGCACAUGUUGUAUUUUUGCAAAUCAGCUUUUGGACCAAAAUAUAUUUUACAAAGAAUU